AUGGAUAGAAACCUAUCGCUGAAGGGCUCUACGAGGAGUAUAACCGAGUUCUUUGAGUACUGUAUCAAUUCUAUACUUUUCCAGCGCGGAGUAUACCCUCCAGAGGACUUUAGCACUGUGCGGAAGUAUGAAUUGAGUCUUCUACGGACUCAUGACGAUGAGUUGAAGGAUUACUUGCGGAAGAUCCUGUCACAAGUACACAGGUGGCUGUUGGGUGGUAAAUGCAACAAGCUUGUGCUGUGUAUAGUGGACAAAGACGAUGGCGAAGUGGUGGAGCGAUGGCAGUUCGAUGUUACACACUUCAGCAAGGAACAAGAGACCGCUGCGGAAGUCACAGAUGAGGAGACACGCAACCAGAUGAGGACACUGAUUAAGCAGAUCACCGCUAGUGUUACUUUCUUGCCCGAACUAGUGAAGGAAGGCGGGUACACUUUCACUGUUCUGGCAUACACGGAUGCCGAUGCCAAGGUACCGCUAGAAUGGGGGGAUUCUGAUAGCAAGGAGGUCAAAGAUGGUGAGAUAGUGCAGUUCAGAAGCUUUGAGACCAAUGAUCAUAGAGUUGGUGCCCAGGUUAGCUACAAGAUAUAG